AUGACAUUUGCAAGUAUUACGAUACCGAAGAAUUACCGGAAUAAACAUGCACUUCCGUUUCCUUCACCUUCCAUUGUCGCUGAUGUCAAUGAAAGUUUUCAUUUAUCGCUACGGCAAACGGAAUAUUCAAAUACCUUCACUAUCAUUCCAAAAGUUAUCGUUGCUGGUCAGCAAUUUGACAUCUAUCUUAAUGAUACGCAUAUCCUGAACGUUGCUGAUAAAAUAAAACUUCAGGUUGAGGCAAAAUCUACACGUUCUUCACGUCGAGGAGCUUUCAUGUUGGAGAUUAACGUGAACAAUGUCAUGCAUAAGCGAUUAUUUGAAGUUGACGAAUAUAUGUUUGAGAUGCCAACAUAUUCUCAAACUACCAAAAUUGGCACUAUUAAGCUGGUUAGUGGAGUUGCAACUGAAGACAUUAAGUAUACGAUAUAUGGUAGCAUGGCUAAAUAUUUUUCGUUGGAAACCGUUGGAACUAAAAGUAUUGAAUUGAUAAAUUUGGAAUGUCCAUCGGAAUGUCAUAAAAUACCGCGACAAUUCGCACUUAUGAUACGUGCAAUAAUUGCAAAUAGCAAACAAUCAUAUGAUCUACCGAUAUCAAUCACAUUUACUGGUAAUGAUGACGGACAAAAACCACGUUUCAAACAAUCUGUGAUUCCACUAAAUCUUAAGGAAAAAUCAUGGAUGAAUAAUCCAUUAUUAAUAGAAGUUGACAAUCCCAAUGAUACUAAUCUCACAUUUAUUCUCAAUGAUUAUAAUCCAAUUUUUGAAAUUGACGAAAAAUUUGGUGUCCUUUCGAUUCGAAAUAGCGAAUUACUUACUAUAGAUAAUCUUGGUGAACGUUUUAAUAUGUCGCUGUCAGUAUCGGAUGGAAAGAAUGAUAUUGAUACAGCGAUUAUUAUGAUAACUCUCAAUCCAAAUAUCGAUCAACAAACUGUGGCACCAAAAUUUGCACAUAAUGUUUAUGCAUUUGCGGCAAAACCUGGUGAAUCUUUUGUGGGCCAAGUAUUAGCUCAAAAUUUAGAUGGUGACAUAACAUAUCGUAUUGCUGAAGGUGGUGCAACAUUAUUUCGAAUUAAUGGAACUGAUGGAAGAAUUUUCUAUUAUGGACCACUUAGCAAAGAUUCACAUAACUAUGAGUUAAAGGUUGUGGCGAUAGAUGAAAGUUCACCACCAUAUGUUGAUGUAACAAUUGUUCAAGUAUUAAUUGCUGGCUUAGGAAGUUCACCAGCUCAAUUUAAAACUAAGGAACCUAUUUUAGUUACUAUUAACAAAACAAGUGGCGCCGGAACAAUACUUCAUCAAUUUACUGCAUUAGAUGCCGAUCCGAAUGCAAAAUUAAUGUAUUCGAUAAAUUCACUGAAAGCUUACGAUGAUCUUGGUAAUAUCCUUCCGGAUUCUUCCCAGUUGCUUGAGCAUUUCCGUUUUCGUAAAAAUGGUCUCAACGAUGGAACACUUCAACUUGCGAAGAGCUUCAAAGGCACUUUCAUUAUGGCAUUUUGGGCAAAUAUUAGCGUUGCUGAUAUGAGCCAUCCGGAUGAACCGGAUGAUAAAGCGGAAUUAUUCGUUCAAAUGAUAAUACCGGAAGAGCAAAUAUCAGACGCGGAUCUUGUAAAAUUCGAUCAGUUACGACCAAUUGUUGAAAUAUCGGAAAACGCAGCUGUUGGCACUUACAUUUAUACAGUAAAUGUAAAACCACUUCCAGCUAAUUUAGUCAGAAAUCACCGUGUUGUAUAUUCAUUAUCUAAAAGACAUCGUGGUUUUGUCAUAAAUCCCAUAACAGGUGUCAUAACAACAGCGUCAAAAUUACGUGUUGGAACUGAUUAUAACCUCACCGUUACUGCCACUGAUCCAAACACGCAAGCAACAAGUUCAACAUCAAUUUUAGUCAAAAUCAUAUCAUCAAUGAAGCAACGCAUUCCUAUAUUUUCAAGCGAUUCAUAUGUUUUCAACGUUACCGAAAAUGCUCCUAACGGAACAAUUGUUGGUACCAUAAUUGAAUCAACAAAUAUUACAACAAAAAUUAAGUAUAUGAUUGUUGGAAAUGGAAAAACUUAUUUUGAAAUCGACAAAAAGGGUACAAUUCGUACACUUUUACCGCUUGAUUACGAGAACAAAUCCGUUUUUCAUUUAAUCGUAAAUGCUUCAUACGACAAUGGACUGUACGUAUCAUUGCCGAUUUCGAUUAAUGUAUUGGAUGAAAAUGAUGUUAGGCCUCGAUUUCCUGAACGAUCAUAUUCAGCAACUGUAAUGGAAAAUAGUCCAAUAAAUACAUUUAUAAUUAAUGCUCCGGCAAUUGAUGAUGAUUCAAACGUGGAAUAUUCAUUAAUGAUGAAUAGUGAAUCAUCAGCUUUAUCAUCAUUAUUGCGUGUUGAUGAAGAUGGUAGCAUUCGUAAUGUGGUACCAUUACUUGGAUUAGAAGGAAAAUAUCAAUUUGCUAUCAUUGCUCGAGAUGGUCGACAUACCGGUGCAUCUGCUGCCGUUUUCCUCACUAUUCUGCCAACUUCAAAAUGUCAACCAACUUUUCCCGAAAAUGUUUCAAAUGUUAUUUAUGUUAAUGAGAACGAAUUUCCGGGUUCAAUAUUAGCAAAAUUCAAAGGUGAAGUAUCAAGUGAAGAUUGUCAGAUAACUUAUGCGAUAUGGAAUGGUAUGAAAUAUGUGGCUGAAACAGAAUUAUUCAUAAUUGAUGUUUUAACCGGUGAAUUAAAAGCUAAAGAAAUGUUUGAUUGCGAGAAAAAUGAUCGACAUGCUCUUGUUAUUGCUGCAUUUAGCGGUGAUCUGUUUGCCGAAUUAGAAGUUGAGGUUCGAAUUGUUGAUCAAAAUGAUAAUCCAAUAGAAAUUAUUGAUAAUAAUGCUUUCUUUAGUAUACGUGAGGAUGAAAAUGUUGGCCUUCUAAUAACCAAAAUUCGAGCAUUUGAUCGAGAUAUAAAUGAUAAGGUUUACUUUCAUUUGAUAAGUGAUAAUAAAAAAUUUACAAUUGAUCGUAUGGAUGGUAUUUUGAAAUUGGCCAAUGAAUUGGAUCGAGAAGAACAAGAUUUCUAUGAACUUCGUAUAAUGUUAACCAAUUCGGAAGAACCGCCUGAUACUGAGGAUGAUGUGGUAUUUGCCACUGUACAAAUUAUGGUACUAGAUGUAAAUGAUAAUGGACCAAUAUUUGAAAGUGAUGUGUAUAAAAAAGCAAUUUCACAAGAUGCGAUAGCAGGGAUGGAAAUUGUUAAAGUUGUCGCGAUGGAUCCAGAUUUAAUUAAUGCUUCUUCACCAAAUUCUAAUUCAGUGUUCUAUCGAAUCGAUGAAACAAUUUAUCGUUAUGCGGAUCAAGUUAAACAAGCAAAUGGUUUUGUCAGUAUAGAUGAGAAAUCAGGAAUUGUACGUUUGGCACAAUCACUGCAUCAUUCAGCUGGUGGUGUAUUUGAAUCACGCAUCACAAGUGCCGAUCUUUCUGAUAUCGUUUCUCAUGUUGCUACCACUAAGAUCAUUGGUGAAUUGUGUGAGUGUGAAGUGUUGUUAUUCAAUGUAAAAUAUAUCAGUUCGGAUGGCCGUCUACUACGGCAAGCAGUACGAGCUCAGUUUCUAUUCAUCAAUCGAACCAAUGAUGCACUCCUUUUAGCUGAUCGAGCCAUAUCAAUUAUCGAUAAAAAUGCCCUGAAUCCAAAAGAUGUAAUACCAAAAUUGAGUGCAUUCUCGAAGCAUUCAAUUGAUAUAACAAAAUUAUCUGAAACAUUACCGUAUGCUCGUUUACGUGAAGCAGCUCUCUUCUUGGCAAUCUUUACUUUUUUACUUAUUUCUAUACUAAUUAUAUUUGCUAUGAUUCUAUGCUAUCAUCGUUCAAAAUUUUUACGUGAGAAGAAAAUGUAUGAAGAUGAAAAGAUAGCGGCAGGAUCAAUGAAUAAAAUUAAUCGUUACAAACAACCAUUAGCAUAUGUAAAAUCGGUUCAACAUAAUUUAAGGGAAAGAUAUCCGAAUGCAACAGAUGAGAAUAUCUAUACCAUUCAGGAAAUCAAAAUGUUGAUAGGUUUGGAUGAUACAACGAAACGGGUACGCUAUGCUAAUAGUGAUUGA